GCGAGCUCGCCGGCGGGAGCUGGUUCUGAACAAGGCGCUGCCUCCUUCCGCCAUCGACGAAGCUCUCGCGGACCAGCUGAUGCUGGUUGCCAGUCAAAGGCACAAUGACAUGGUCCUGUGCUGCCCGGCGUCCCCGGCAGUGAUGCCUGCUACUCCCUCAGCUGCGAGGCCUCUUGCGAGCUGUGCGUCGACGCCCCCAAAGGCCCAACGAGGCCGAGAAGGCUCACCGAAGAGUGGGAUUGGCAUCUCCGAGGAGAGCCCGGGAAGCGAUGAAGUGCCUGAUCCAAAGCGGCAGGAGCUUCUGGAGAAGGAGAGCCGGCGGCUUCGAAUCGAGAAUGCAGAGCUCAAGAAGAGACUGCAGUUUGGGUCUGAGUUCUUGAAGCAGGAGAACCGAAGGCUUCGCGUAGAGAAUGCUGAGCUCAAGAAGCGCCUCUACUUUGCAGGACCCUAUGCGCAGGGCACGUCCUCCGUGCCGAUCUGGGUCCCAGUUCCCGUCAUGGCAGCAUCGCCGAACUGUGGCUCGCCGAACUCCGGGGCGGCGAGGGGAACCACCAUGUCGGCAGGCUGUGGUUCCGGACAGGUAUCUCCAGGAACCGGAACUCCGGCCACGCCUGCACAGGGUUCUGGAACACCUAUCCAGCAUGGCUUUUGGGUGCCCUUGGCGCGGAAUGCCGUCGGAGCCCUGUCGAUUGGCUUGCUUGGGAUAGUUCGGGCGCGAUGCACAUAUGCAAACGCUUUCUACGUGGCGUCAGACCACGAUUUCCGGACACUUCAGAUUACUAGCAUCAUAGAUGGGGACAUCGAGGAUACAAGACGCGAAAUCGUUUUGAUUCCUAUGCCUCCUGGGUACUCGGAUCUCGACCCGAAGCGUUCAAAGUACACCGUCCGGCCGAGAAUGCAGAACCUGCUUGAUUUGACAUCGCGACAAGGUCAUGAGCCCCACUGGCCCUUCGUGGUCGACACCGGCCUGUUGUUGCUGGGAGAAGGGUGGGAGGACGGGAGGAUGCCGUUGGAGCGGUUCCCCUUGCACCAAAUACGGCAAACUGGUAGCACGCAGCUGUCAUUCCCAGUUGUGGCACGCGGAGGGUCAGUGCUUAUUGCGAGCAGUUUUGACACGCGCAUGUCCGGUGAGGCCAGCCUUCGUGGCAAUCGAAGUGCAGGAGUCGACUUUCUCGGAUGCCUCUCAGCAGGACUAGGUGGCGAGAUCAAACUGUUUCCACCUCCCAUGUAUAACGGGGAGUUGGAGAAAUGGGAAGAUUGGUCAUGGCAGCUGAAGCGAUAUGUCGGACUGUACAAGCCCGGCGUCAAACUGAUGAUGGAUGGCGUGGAAGAGCCAACACUGUGA